CUCUCCGCGUUGGGGGAUCAAUGAUCAGCAUGUUCGAUCAGACCUCGUCCCCCCCCUGGACCUCCGCGGGCCCCCCCGGGGCCCCGCAGCCCCGCAGCGCGGUCCUGCGGGCCGUCGUGGCGGAGCAGCUCUCCGCCGCCGCCCGGGAGAUCCUGGCGGCGCUGGAGAGAACCGUGGCCGACUACGAGAGGGAGGCGGCGGGGUUCAGGGACACCAUAGACCGGCAGAGGAGCCGGAUGGAGCAGCUGGAGCAGACCCGGGGGAGGGGGAUGGAGACCCGGGGAGAACCGCUGCAGGAGCCCCGGGGGAGGGAGACGGAGCCCCGGGGGAGGGACACGGAGCCCCGGGGGGAACCGCUGCAGGAGCCCCGGAGGAGGGACACGGAGCCCCGGGGGGAACCGCUGCAGGAGCCCCGGGGGAGGGACACGGAGCCCCGGGGGGAACCGCUGCAGGAGCCCCGGAGGAGGGACACGGAGCCCCGGGGGGAACCGCUGCAGGAGCCCCGGGGGAGGGACACGGAGCCCCGGGGGGAACCGCUGCAGGAGCCCCGGAGGAGGGACACGGAGCCCCGGGGGGAACCGCUGCAGGAGCCCCGGGGGAGGGACACGGAGCCCCGGGGGGAACCGCUGCAGGAGCCCCGGGGGAGGGACACGGAGCCCCGGGGGGAACCGCUGCAGGAGCCCCGGGGGAGGGACAUGGAGCCCCGGGGGGACCGAGCAGGUGGGGGUGAGGAGGAAUCGGCAGCGCCGGGUCUCACCUGUGAGGAGGCGGAGCCAGAGGAGGGGGAGGAGCCAGAGGAGAAGGAGGCGGGGCCAGAGGAGGCAGGACUGAAGGAGGAGGCGGAGUCAGAGGAGGGGGAGGAGGCGGAGCCACUCACCACCAGCUCCGGAACCACAAGAGACCUGGACCCGGACUACAAAGUACCGUCCAGAACUCCGUCUGGCAGGAGGAGGCCCAGCAGAACCAGGACCAGUACUGGUACCAGUAACAGUGACCCCCAGAACCACCUGAGCCUCAAGGUCCGGUUCCUCGAGGAUCCUCAGACCUGGAUGCUGUCCAACCUGGUGUUCCAGCGGUCCCCGGUCCAGGACCUGCUGGUCCCCCCGGGUCUACAGGAGUCCGGGUUCCUGGACCUGCUGAGGUCCCGGUUCCAGCUGGACCAGAACCAGGACCUGGACCUGCUGACCUCGGACCGCAGCCGGAGGCUCCGCCCCCUGCAGGUGCAGACCCGGGUCCCGGAGGAAAUCCAGCAGAACCUGGUCCAGGUCCAGGGGGGACUCCGGGCCGCGGUGCUCUACAUCAGACCCAAGACGCCGGCGGACCCCCAGAACCAGAACCACGGGGACCAGGUCCGACCCCCCCAGAACCAGCAGAACCGGGCCGACGGGACCGACUGCAGCUCAGCCACGACAUCAGCCGCCCAGACCAGAGGAAACAGGAAGUCCCGGUCCCCUAGGAACCCCCCCAGGUCCCGGUCCCCCAGGAACCCCCCCGUCAACAGGAAGCGGGGCCGACCCCGCAGUGACCCCCAGGGUCCCCAAGUCCUCCGGAUCAGCGUCCUGGAGGAGGAGAACCCGGAGGACGGAGUCCCCGAGGACGUGCUGCAGAGGUCGGCGGUCCAGGACCUGCAGGUUCCCCGGGGCCUGCAGGAGUCCGGGUUCCUGGACCUGCUCCGGUCCCGGUUCCCCCAGCUGGCCGGCUCCCAGACCCGGUUCCACCUGUUCAAGCUGGACCGGAACCGGAGACUCCAGAGGCUCCGGCCCCGAACCCUGAACCCCGAGGAGAUCCAGAGGAGCCAGGGCUCCGGGUUGAAGAGGCCCGUCCUCUACGUCAAGCUGAAGAUGGAGGAGGAGACUGCCGUGGCCCCGUCCCCCGGGUCCCAGGACCGGGACCAGGACCAGGACCCGCAGGGGUCCGGCAGCGAGGACGACCCCGGGGGAGCCGGGGACCAGGACUGGAAACCAGAUCCUGGACCCCCAAAGAGGCGGAGGCGGGCUAGCGGCGCCGCGGACGUGCGGACGUCCUGCCGGGUCUGCGGCGUCUGGUACCGGAACCUGGGCAGCCUGGUGAAGCACGCCUGGACCCACCUGGACCCGGCGGGGCUGGGGGGGGCGGCCGGGCCCUGCGGCGUCUGCGGCCAGAGCCCCGGGCCCGACGAGGACCUGCAGACGCACCUGCGGAACCACCACAAGAUCCACCGCUGCUCCGUCUGCCCCAAGGCCUUCAUCCGGCGCGCGGGCCUCAGCGAGCACGAGGCCCGGCACGCCGCCGGUGACGCCGACGGCCGCUUCCGCUGCGCCGUCUGCGGCCGCGGCUUCGCCAGCAGGUCCGGCCUCAGCAACCACUGCCUGGUCCAGCACGAGGACAAGCCGCACCGCUGCGCCGUCUGCCGCCGCGGCUUCGGCCUGCAGUCGCAGCUGGAGGCACACCGGCGGUUGCACCUGCGCCGCGACACCUACCGCUGCAACGUCUGCGGCAAGACGGUCAACAACCGGCGCUCGCUGGCCUUCCACCGGCUCAGCCACUCGCGCGACGCGGCCGCCGCCUUCGGCUGCGACGCCUGCGGAAAGCGCUUCAAGCACGCCAAGGCGCUGAAGGCGCACGCGGCGGUGCACACGACGCGCGAGCGGCCGUACCUCUGCCACGUCUGCAGCAAGACCUUCUACUCCAACUCCAUCCUCAGCGUGCACCUGCGCACGCACAGCGACGAGCGGCCGCACGCCUGCGCCGUCUGCGGCAAGGCCUUCCGCGACAAGCGCGACCUGCAGAAGCACCUGCGGGUGCACACCGGCGAGGCGCCCUUCGGCUGCCCGCACUGCGGCCGCCGCUUCAAGCAGAAGGCGGCGCGCGACUCCCACGUGCGCGGCCACCUGGGCAUCAAGCGCUUCGCCUGCCCCGUCUGCGGCAAGGCCUGCGCCCGGCAGGAGCACCUGAAGGUGCACAUGCGGACGCACAGCGGGGAGCGGCCGUACCGCUGCGACGUCUGCGGCAGGAGCUUCACCCAGAGCCACUGCCUGAAGACGCACAUGAAGACGCACCGGGGGGAGGGAGGCCCAGCCCCCCCGGAGGGAGACCCCGCCCCCCCGGAGGGAGACCCCGCCCCCGAACCUGCCGGCCCCGCCCCCUGACAGCUUCAUCACCAUGGAAACCAGCACCAGCUUCCAACUUCUUUGAUAGAAGUGACGUUUUUUUUAGUUUGAAGCAACUUUGAUUGAAGUCGUUGGUUUUUGUUUGUUAAAAAAUGAUUUUCAAUGAAAAAAAAUCAAUUCAAUAAAAAAACUUUUUAUAACUCUUGUGUCUUUCACAAAAUUGGGAUCAGACUGUAUGGUUUAGUUUUUACACUUUUAAUUACCUUGUGUUGAAUUGUGCUAUACAAAUAAACUUGCCUUGCCUUAAAUUCAGGCAUUCGUAACUGAAAUUCAA